AUGACGAUCAGCAACAGGAGCUUCGUAUAUUCUUUGCAGCAUUUACUAACUUUAUACAGACGAGCAAAUAUAAAAAAUGCUGUGAAAAGUACGCAUAUAUUAUUGUGUCAUUUGAAGGGAUAUAACACAGCGUAUAAAAAAUAUGUAUGUGCAUAUGGGAAGAAUUUUAUAGUUCACAAGAAUCAAUUUUCAAUUUAUGCAAAGAACAAAUCAGAUGAGUGUAACACAAGUGAGGAGCAUAGUGAUGAUGACAAUGACAAACUAUUUUUAAAUGAUAACGAAAGUGAAAAUGAUGCAGAAGAAGAACAGGAGGAAAAAUAUUCAAAAACAAAAAGGCCUUGUAAUAACUCAGAAAAUAGCGAUCAGAUUAAUAAACAUAUUUCCGACAAACAAAAUUUUAAUGAACAAGUUAUAAAUUCUCCCACGGAGAUAACAAAAAAGAGCAAAUACGACUCGGAUGUGAUCCUAAUAUACGAAGACUUGCCACAUUUAUCCAGUGAUAUGCUUAGUCCCCAUUUGAGCGAGGAAGAAAUAGAACAAGUAAACUCAGGAAUACCCGAUUUCCCGUACGAUAAUUACUCUAAUAAUAUUGCUUAUAACAAGAAGAUAAAGAAAUAG